AUGCUGGGAAUUAUGAACACUUCGAGCUGUUGUCUUACUCAUGAACUCAGUGCAGCAUGCCUUCUUGAUGCACCAGCGAUUCCGGAGUCAUCUACAAAGCCCACAGCCAUCAGCCUUGGUAUCCGAGCCCUAUGCACUACAGCUGGAUUUUAUUCUGCUCAUCGUUUUAGCAAAGAAAAAAUAGGUGGUGGCUUGACGGGUUUUGAGGCAACCGAUUUAGCCGAGCUAGCUGAUCAGGUUCAGAAUCACCUUUUGGAGACUUAUGCAGUUGCUGAAGCCAGUAGUGAUGAAGAUGACUGA